AUGGGACACUGCAAAGCCAAGUGCCCCGACAUCGAGCGCAAGAAUCGUGGCCAGCAAGGCUCUAUAACAGAUAAACGCCCCUCCCUUCCCUCCUCGUUGGCAAAUCCUGGGGCGAAGGCUACCGACACAGCUUCCUCCCCACCUACAACCCUUCGUGCAUCUAUGCCACCUUCAAGACGCGUGGAGGCUCCCCCAACCAAGUUCGACCCCGAGGCCACCCUUCCUCCUUCGAGUACCCAGGAACCUCCAAUGAAUUCCUGGGAAGUAGUCCCAAAUGUUGUCUUCCCGAACCUUCACCGUGCAAUUUGUCAGUUAGCUUCUCGUCUAGCCAUCGACCCCGAUGUCUAUCUACAACAGCUCCCAUACCACUCUAUGAUCACAGGUCAUGGUGGUCCACAGAGGGUCGCCGAGAUGUUGCUGGAAUGGAUAGAUCCUCAUAUUAGGGCGCUUGAGGGCAGAGUUCUCCGGGCCGAAGAUCUCCAGGCGCGUCAGAACAAUCUCUGGAGUCCAAAUGGAGGCUACGUGGACAUCGUCACCGACUUGAGAAACAACGAAUACUGGCGUGCCUACCCGGGUCAGUCUAAGGAUCCAGCAGGUCGAAUUAAAACCCACAAUCCGGCAAUCCUGCGCGGAUCCAGAAGCACACUACACCAUCAUGUCAUUGCUCAGGGACAAGGGUACCGAGCGGCGAACUGCUCAAGCUCUGACAGCUAUCUACCAUCUCUCGAGCCGUGGCUCUCAAUGUGCUAG